GGCCUCCGCUGCCUCCACUCUCCUCAUACCUCCACUCUCCUCUCCUCAUAUUUUCUCAUCAUCGAUCUCUCGAUUUAAGAUUUCUGUGAUUUCUUCAUUGCCGUUUCCUUCAUAUUUUGCUCUGAAUUCCCUAGCCUUGAGCUAGUAUCGCUUCUCUAGUAGCAGAUCAUUUGUUGCCGGUAGCCCCUCUGCUCGCAAAUCGUGGAGUGAUUAGUCACCUUUCGGUGGAUUCUUUGCGCAUAACAAUGGCACUCUCAUCAUUCUUCAACCGCCGGAAUGACUUGUGGAGCAUGCCCGACCCAAUGGAUAUCAUUGUGACUAUCUUCGACGAUUCUCCCGCCAGGUCGAUUGCAAGGGAUGCCCAUGCCAUGGCGAGAACCAAUGUGGAUUGGAAGGAGACCCCGACGGAGCACGUGUUCAAGGCUGAUUUGCCUGGGUUGAAGAAGGAGGAGGUCGUGGUGCAGGUCGAGGACCAUAGAACCUUGAGCAUUAGCGGGCAGCGCAAGAAGGAGGAAGUUCACAAGACAGAUACUUGGCAUCGCGUGGAGCGUAGCAGCGGGAACUUCAUGAGGAAGUUCCGGUUGCCUGAGAAUACAAAUUUGGAUCACAUCACGGCUGAAGUGGAGAAUGGAGUGCUGACGAUUGUUGUUCCCAAAGUGGAGAAGAAGAAACCUCAAACGCGCAGCAUUGAGAUUGGUGGUCACGAUGAGCAAUCGGAGCAACAGGCAGUAACUCAUCAUGAUGAAAAGGCCCCCUCUGGAGUUGCUGUACCGAUGGAGACCACCGAUGCUACCCCAGAUUCUAAAAGCACCUCAUCAACUGAAGAGAAAUGAAGUCGUUUAAAGGGGAUUGUGAGAAAUCCAGCGUUUAGCAGUGGUUUGAAGCGUGGCAUAUGUGCAUUGAGAAUCAAUAAUUAGCAGCUGUGUACCCUGAGCAUAGUGAAGAAUCCGCACUAUACCCCCAAGAAUGCGCACGGUGAAACGAGAAGUCAUGAGGUUUUGUUUAGUGAUAAGCGCAGUAGUCAUUAGUUUGUGUGCAUGUGAAUGUGAAUAAAUGCUCGAGCAUGUAAAUAUAAUGAGCUCAUAGCGACAGUAUUUUUAUUUACUAAUAGCCUACCAAGAUCUUCAAAUUUACAUGGCUGUGAUGUAACUUUGUUCAUAAUUAAAUCCCGUGAACGCAGCGUAAGUA